ACUUGUUUUUGGAUAGCAUGGUUUAUUGUACCGGUGUGUAAAUUUUCGUGUUACACAAGUAGACAAACGUGAAAGCUUAAAAAUGGAACCAAUUUUGGAAAAAUUACUAGUGUCUGAUAGUAAGAUAAUUCAAGAAGGUACUAAAGAACUUAGAGAAGCUUUCAAGAAACCGGAAGCGAUUCCUGCCCUUUGCGAUGUCAUUGUCACGUCGCAGAACUCCCAAAUCAGACAAUCUGCAGCUGUCUUGCUUCGUAGGAAAUUAGGAAAAAAAAGGCAGUGGAGUAAAUUGCACGUUGAUAUAAGACAAAGGAUAAAACAAGGAAUGAUUCAAGCUCUCGUCAAUGAACAAGAGAAACUAGUGAAGAAUUCAAUAGCUCAGUUUAUUGGCAUAUUGGGGAAACAUGAGUUUCCAGAUAAUUCAUGGCCAGAAUUGUUGCAAUUUGUACACACUCUGUGUUCCAGUGAUUCACCUUUAGACAAAGAGCUGGGAAUGUAUACACUAUCAAUUAUGACUGAAAUGUCUCAUGGAUCAUAUUUAGUCCAUGCUGAAUCUUUUGCCAUGCUAUUUACAAACAUAUUGAAUAAUUUAACACAACUCGACUCAAAUUUAGCAUAUUAUACUGUAGUAACUAUGAAGAAUCUUGUACCAAUUAUUAGUGGGCACCAACAAAUGGUAAAUAUCUAUCACUCGUUAUUGCAACGCGUGUUGGAAAUCAUCAAUGUGUUCAGUCACAAGGACGAGAAAAAGGCGACCGACCUAUUCGAGAUUCUCGAAGAACUGAUCGAGUACGCCGUCGCCGUAGUUGUACCACACAUCAGACUGACGAUCGAAAUGUGCCUUAAUAUCGGUCGCGAUCAGACCGUAGAAAUACCCGUUCAAAUUAAGGCCAUCAGCGUCGUUGGAUGGUUGAUUAGAUCCAAAGGAAAAGUGGUGCAGAAACACAAACUUGUAGAACCUAUAAUCGAUGUGUUGCUGAUGUUGAUGGGCCAACAGCCAGACAAUGAGGCGUGCGAAGAUUACUUUAUGGGCGACCCAGACCAAUUCACUUCAAUCACAGUCGCUACACAAACACUCGAUUUAAUCGCACUCCACAUGCCCGCCGAAAAGGUUGUGCCUUACCUUCUUACUAAGGUAGAACCCGCCAUUCAGGGAGGCGACAUUUACGCCCAAAAAGCUGCCUAUUUGGCACUGGCCAUUUUGUCUGAGGGAUGUGCUGAGAGUAUCAGGAGGAAAUAUUUGGAGCCUUUCUUGAAAUGCGUUUGCACUGCCAUUCACAAUCCUAAUCCUGUUGUUAGGAAUGCCGCGUUAUUUGCUCUAGGACAAUUUGCUGAACACUUACAGCCUGAAAUCAGUAAAUACGCAACUGACCUUUUGCCAGUACUCUUCGAGUGCUUAAGACAAAUCCUUACCCAAAUGGAAGUCGAGAAAAAGGAUCCUCCCAGUCUUGACCGAUUAUUUUACGCGUUGGAAACCUUCUGUGAAAACCUAGAGGAGGCUCUAUUGCCUUAUCUCCCUAGUUUAAUGGAACAACUAUUUGUAGCUCUCAACCCCAAUGGUUUCUCACUACAACUCAAGAAAGUUGCCUUAAGUGCAUUAGGUUCAGCGGCUAGCGCCGUUAAAGAAGGAAUGUUGCCAUAUUUUCAAAAGACGAUUGAAAUCUUAAAUAUUUACAUCAAUUCGGAUCCAAACUCUGAAUUACACGAAUUGCAGUGUUAUGCCUUAGAAACGCUUGCUGUCGUCGCUCAAUUUAUAGGUGCGGAUAAUUUUAGACCUUUAGCCAACGAAUCUGUGACUUUGGCACUUAGAAUUCUUGAUGAAACAGAAGAUCCAGAUGUGAGGAAAAGUAUAUACGCAUUAGUUGCUGCACUCUCUAUUGUGCUCAAGGAAGAGAUUGCCCCUGCCUUACCCAAAGCUGUUGAGCAGAUGAUUGAAAGUAUCAUGAGCAGUGAAGGCAUUGUGACACAUUAUGAUGAAGAAGACAAGGACGAUAUUGACGUUUACGCAGAACUGUCUGACGAAGAUCCAGAUGUGGAAGAGGAUAUUGAGAAUGCGUCUACAAGUAGUGCAGAUUCAACCCAGUGUCGGUAUUCCGUCGAGAAUUCCUAUAAUGAGGAAAAAGAACAAGCUUGUCUCGCUCUAAAAGAAAUUUGUGUCAAUACAGGGGCUGCUUUCUUACCGUAUAUCGAAAAGAGUUUCGAGGAAAUCUUCAAGUUGAUUAACUACCCACAAGAUGAUAUUCGUAAAGCUUCGGUCGAAGCUUUGCUGCAAUUCUGCAUUUCUGUACACAAACUCGGCACCGCCGAGACCAAACACUUCUUGCAUAAAUCGUUGCAAAUGUUCGUUCCCAAGUGUGCCGAACUCAUUCGUGUCGACGAAGAACGCGGCGUCGUGAUGGUGUGUCUUGACGCUUACUCUGCUCUUUUGGCAGAAGUUAAAGGCGAAGUGUUCGCAUCUGAAGGUCACCGCGAGGCGAUCAUGAACUGUGUCAUAGAUGUUCUUACUUUAAAGACCAUGUGUCAAGACACUGAUCUGGGUGGUGGCGCUGGUGACAGCAAUGACGAUGACGCAGAAGCAGAACAAGAUGAACUGUUAUUAGAAUCCGCUGGUGAUGUGAUUCCGAAAUUCGGUGCAGCUCUAACACCUGAUGAUUUUGUUAUGUACUUCCCCAAUGUAUUGAAGCUUAUGUCUAAUCGAACGAAGAAACAAGACAGUAUAAGUCAGAGGUCCUUUGCUUUUGGCACCUUAGCUGAGUGCAUGAGUUGUUUGGGUGUCUAUGUUGAAAAGUUUGUUGGGGAAUUGAUGAAUCUUUGGUUCACUGGUGCUAAAGAUAGUGCGGAUGAGGUUCGCAAUAAUGCGAUCUUUGGCCUUGGAGAGAUGGUACUUCAUGGAAAGGAAAUAAUUUAUCCUCAUUAUAAUACAAUUCUACAAAUGCUGUCGGUGGCUGUUUCCAAGGAGUCGCACGAAAACACCCUGGAUAAUAUUUGCGGCGCCAUCGCCAAAAUGAUUAUCGCAAAUUCGGCAGGAGUUCCGCUUGAACAAGUAUUCCCGGUGUUAUUGAACCACCUUCCGCUGCGCAGUGACUUUGACGAGAAUGAGGCAGUAAUCAAUUGCUUUGUAAAUCUCUAUCAAAGUGGCAAUCCGAUUUUCCAACAACAUUUGGCUGGUGUAUGUAAAGUGGCUGCUCACAUCUACCACAAGAAUCAAACAGAGAAAGAUAGUGUUAAAGCAAUUUUAAUAGAAUUUCUGAAGACAAUAAACCGUGACUUUGGCGACGUAUUUGCAAGUUCAGUUUCGUCGUUGGGUCCGGAAGUAACUGAAUCCGUUCAAAAAUUGUUUGCUUCAUGAAGACCAAAAUUAAAUUGAAAAGGUUACGCAUUUUUAUACAAACAGAUGUUUUGAAGUCUUUUGACAACGGUAUUGAGAUUUUAUAUUAUAGUAUAUGCUAGCCGUGAACUCUGUUUUUAAAUUAUUCAUGUUUAUACUAAGCUGUUGUAUACUGGAGACAGAUGAGUGUUGUUGCUUCUAUUCUAUUUUACUCAUUUUACUUGUUAAGAAUUGUUUCUUGAUUAACUUUUAUAAGUUUUGUUUAUUUUUAAGAAUAGUGACAGGCUAAUAAUGCAUUGUUAUUUUUAUAUAAAUGUUUAUGACUUAGAUAAUCACACAUUGGUCCUUAUAUUUUUAUAUAUUUGUUUCAAUAAAAAUAUUGGUCCUUAA